UCACUCUGAAGGAAAUAUUAACAUCCAUGCUGCUGUCAAUGAUGUCCAUUAUGAGCUGCUGUCCUCCGUGCUCCCUCCGCCUAUCUGCUUGAGGAUGACUCCAACGUUCUCAAGAUGGGGGAUGUAGAACAAUCUGAUGAACCAGACACUGAAGAUGUAUCACUUCGUCUCCUCUCCAUUAGUGACUGUGGCGAGGGGGGCGUGGGAAGGCGAAAGCCUGCAACGGGAGAGCGGGUGUGGAGACGAGCGGUGUUAAGGAGGUCAAGUGAAUGAUGACUAACACCUGUGUUUGAUUACAGUGAUUGGGGGAGAGAUGGCUGAAAAGCGGCUCACAGACCUGGGAGAGGGGGAGAGAGGGUCUGAUUGUCUUUGGGAGACGGAGCCCUGCGUGUUGUGUGACGGACUGACGGAUUGACUGUCGAGGCAGAGAGCCCGACAGACUUUUGUUUUUGUUUCUUUGAGUUAUUUUGGAGUAAAUAAACUGUUUUACUCACCACCCCUGCCUUCCUCGUCCUUCAUCAUAUUGAACUCUGUUACACUGGUGCCGAAACCCGGGACGAGGAAGCCGGCACGCCGCCAUGCAGCCAGCACAACCCACGCCGCUUGCGGAGCUGGUGAAGUCACUCGCUGGUCUUCACCAGACCCAACAUCAGGCCCUGGUGGACCUCAAGCUAGAGCAGGAGGAUCGUUUCCGCUUGUUGGUCCAGGGCCAGGAGGAAGACCGGCGGGUCCUCCGGAGCUUGCUCAGUCGGGAGGCCGCCCCUGUCGCGGCUCCUUCCAUCCCCACGUUCCGCUAAUGAAGAUGGGUCCACAGGACGACCCAGAGGCGUUCGUGGAUCUCUUUGAGAGAACAGCGGAGGCGAGUGGCCGGUGCGCCUGAUCCCGCUGCUGACAGGGGAAGCACAGGUGGCAGCCCAACAGCUGCCUGUAGCGAGCCUCCUGACCUACGAUGAUCUCAAGCGGGCCAUCCUGCAACGAGUCGGCCGUACCCCCGAACAACACCGGCAACGCUUUCGAUCGGUGGAGCUGGGGGACAACGGUCGGCCAUUUGUGAUGGCCCAACAGCUCCGGGACGCUUGCCGCAAGUGGCUAAUGGCCGAAGAACGCGACAUCGAGGAAGUGGUCGAUCUGGUGGUCCUGGAGCAGUUCAUCGCUCGGCUACCACGCGGGACGGCCGAGUGGGUCCAGUGCCACCGCCCGACGUCGCUGACGCAGGCCAUACAGCUGGCUGAGGACCACCUAGUGGCGUGCCCCGGGGUCGGCGAGCCCCUUCAUAAUCUCUCUCUCCACCCUCCUUCCCUUCCUGCUCUCUCUCGCCCUAUUACUGCUCCCAGGUCGCGUAAUAAUGCACCCCCUCUAAUUCCUCCACGGAGUAAUCCCGUCCAGGGGAACAGAUUCGCGUCACGAGGGGGCGGUGCGGAGAGCACCGGAGCCGCCGCUCCAUCUCCACAGUUCUCCUCUCUCCGCCAAUCCCUUGGCCAGCCUUCUGCCGCUGGGAGCGGCGGGAAGGCCUGGGCCGGCCUGCUGGAGAUGCGGGGACCCGGGUCAUUUUCAGGACCGGUGUCCGAUGAUGGAGGUGGGAAUGUUGAUCCGGGUCCCCGACUCCCCGGGGGCUGCCCCCGAUCAAGCUGGGCAGUACCAAAUACCUUGAUUGGGGGAGAGAUGGCUGAAAAGCGGUUCACAGAUCUGGGAGAGGGGGAGAGAGGGUCUGAUUGUCUUUGGGAGACGGAGCCCUGCGUGUUGUGUGACGGACUGACGGAUUGA